GAUUCUCCCGCCGUGGUUGACAAAUUCCACCUCACGCACAACUUUCGUGCCACCACCACCAAGGUUUUGCUGUCCGUAGGCAUGGAGUUCAAUCUGCCUACGAGCCCUUGGCUGGGGUUUCCAGACUCCGCCAUCGAGUUCUGGCACGCAAAUCGCACCGCCAUAAUCUUGUCCACCUUCACCGUUUUGGUUCUUGUACGCGUGUACUUGCAUAUUACCCAAGGCAACGAGCCGCUCCAUGUCUUCCCCAAGAUCUACAAUGAGAAGACCCACGAAAACGUCGCAAUCCCAAGCCCGCCAGGGGACAAGAUCGACGAGGCGAAGCAGGUCAAACCCGCGGGCCCGCGCAGAAUAAAGGGAGAGCUGAACAGACGGAGAGACGCACAGGCGUCUGGCUCAAGGCAGAUCAAGACACUAGUCUUCUUCUCGUCCGUGACAGGCAAUACCGACAGGAUUGCAAAGCAGUUUAUCGAGGACUUCUUCGGACUGCUACAAGCAGUAGAAAGCGGCCCCAACUGCACCUUUGCGAAACCGGAAGCCAUUGACUUGGCAGAAGCUGACCUUGACGAAUACUUCAUUUCACUACCGAAGCUGGACGCCGACAGAGAUGUCGCUACGGAGUUCUUCUAUCUUUUUUUGCUGCCCAGUUAUAACAUCGACACGAUCAACGACACAUUUUUGGAGCAUCUGAAGGAGACACACCACGAUUUCAGGAUCGACACUGCACCUCUCUCACGCAUACUUGGCUAUUCCGUGUUUGGAUUUGGCGACCGAGAAAAUUGGCCGACGGAGGAAGAGGGCUACUGCGUUCAGGCCAAGGAUGUCGACAAAUGGAUGUCAAAGUUGACAGAUCGCAAGCGAGCGUAUCCGCUUGGGAUGGGUGACGUCAAGCGUGACGGCACCGAAAGACUCGGCGAGUGGAGGAACGGACUGACUGACAUAUUUGGCCAGUUGGCUCGCGAUGGGACCCUGGGUGAGGGUGUUCCUGGCUCCGGAGACGCCGUUGAAAGCGAUGACGAGGCCGACGAGGCCGAAGAUGACGGAGAGGUUGUUUUUGAAAACCAGGAAUCGGCCCAGCCACGAAAACUCAAGUCUUCAUCGACAAUGGACGACAUGGAGGACCUCGGCAGGGUGCUGCAAAACGCCAGGGAUGAAGGCAACACGAAAUCUACCGCACCCCUGGCCAUUGACUUUACAACCGAGUCUAAGCGGAAGACGCCGGUUCAGACCGUGAAAGAGAUGGUUCCAAAGGAAUCCCCUACCUUCAAAUCUCUGACGAAGCAAGGCUACUCGAUAGUGGGCUCACACUCCGGUGUAAAGAUUUGCCGUUGGACCAAGUCUGCCCUCCGCGGCCGUGGCUCUUGCUACAAGUUCUCAUUCUACGGCAUAAACUCCCACCAAUGUAUGGAGACCACACCAUCUUUGUCGUGCUCCAACAAAUGUGUCUUCUGUUGGCGUCAUGGGACGAACCCUGUUGGGACGACCUGGCGAUGGGUAGUUGACCCCCCAGAUUUGAUCUUCAACGGGGUGAAAGAGGGCCACUACAAGAAGAUCAAGAUGAUGCGCGGAUUGCCCGGGUUGAGGGCGGAGCGCUUCGCAGAGGCGAUGCGCAUCCGCCACUGCGCAUUGUCUUUGGUCGGAGAACCGAUUUUCUACCCUCAUAUCAACGAGUUCUUGGAAAUGCUGCACGGCGAACACAUAAGCAGCUUCCUGGUUUGCAACGCGCAGCACCCUGACCAGCUUGCUGCUUUGAAGCACGUCACGCAGCUUUACGUCAGCAUAGACGCGAGUAACAAGGAGUCACUGCGGAAGAUCGACAGACCCCUCCACCGGGACUUCUGGGAACGAUUCCAGCGGUGCUUGGAGAUCAUGCGGGAGAAGAGGUUCAAGCAGCGAACAGUUUUCAGACUGACACUGGUCAAGGGGUUCAACAUCGACGAUGAGGUGCAAGGGUAUGCAGACCUUGUGGAAAAGGCUCUGCCCUGUUUCGUCGAGGUCAAGGGCGUGACUUAUUGUGGCACUUCAACUUCCUCAAGUGCAGGCCUCUCUAUGGCAAAUGUCCCAUUCUACGCGGAGGUGUGUGAGUUUGUGACAGCGCUUGAUGCCGAACUCAACCGACGGGGUCUUCAGUACGGCAUCGCCGCGGAACAUGCCCACAGCUGUUGUAUCUUGCUUGGAAGUGAGCGAUUUAGGGUGGACGGGAAGUGGCACACUUUGAUUGACUACGACCGGUACUUCGAGUUGCUUGAGGAGAGGGGACCGGACGGAGAAUUCAGCCCAGAGGAAUACAUGGGCGAGGAGACACCGGAGUGGGCCACUUGGGGAAAUGGCGGAUUUGACCCGAGGGAUCAAAGGGUCGACAGGAAGGGCCGGCCGAUUGAGACUUGAGCCCGGGUCGACGUGUGCCGGAGCCCUUGUACUUGACUUUGAAUUUAUGUCUAUGCCUAGCACAACCCACUUGGGUCACACACGUUCCUCACACAUUGAUACCCAGAAUUGGCGAGAGGAGGCGAUGCGGACCUGGCCGCCAACAUUACACAACGCUUGAAUUCUCUGC